AUAAAAGUAUAUUGGAUUAGACAAAGGGGAAUGAAGGGAAGGGAGAGGGAUAGGAAUAAGAAAGACAGUAAAAUGAAUUGGACAUAAUUUUCCUAUAUUCAUAUAUGAAUAAAUGACCAGUGAAAGUCCAUAUCACAUACAACUGAAAAAAUCCAGUUUCUUGACAUCCAAAGUUAGGACCAGAUAGAUCUUCACUGCAAUGGCCCAUUGAAGGGUAGAGACUUUGAGAUCUGGUUGAGUCUUGACAUCAUUCUCAUCCCUUUCCAACUCUGAUCCUCCGUCUUUGCAGGUGAUGUAAACCAUAUUUUAUGGCCACUAAAAAUAGGACAGAAGUGACUGAAUUUGUCUUAUUGGGCUUGUCCAGCAGGCCAGAAAUGCAGCCAGUUAUUUUUGGAAUAGUCCUUGCCAUGUACCUGGUUGCAGUUAUGGGCAAUGCCCUUCUAGUAACUGUUGCUUGCUCAGAUCCCAAACUUCAUACUCCCAUGUAUUUCCUUCUCAGCCAGCUUUCCUUUAUUGACAUAUUUCUGACAACCAUCACUGUUCCUCAGAUGCUUGUGCACACACUAUCCACGAAUCGAAUCAUUUCCUACAAUUGCUGUAUGAUCCAGCUGUUCUUCUUUAUGGCUGUGGGCAGCAUGGAAGGCCACUUGCUGGCUGCGAUGGCAUAUGACCGCUGUGUUGCCAUCUGUGACCCCUUAAGAUACUCUGCCAUUGUCAGCCAUCGCCUCUGUCUGCGCAUAACAUUGACCUCCUGGGUGAUUGUCAGCCUUAACAGUCUUCUUUACAGUGUGUUAGUCACACACUUAACCUUCUGUGGCAACCAGGUCACCCACUUCUUCUGUGACAUAACUCCCCUGCUGCAGCUCUCCUGCACUCGGCCAGUGGUCAAUGAAAUGCUAAUAUUCACAGAGGGUGUAGCUGUUGUGGUCAGCCCCUUCUUCUUUAUUUUGGGUUCCUAUGCCCGCAUUGGCAUUGCCAUAGCCCACAUGCACUCAAUUGCUGCCCUGCGCAAAGCUCUGUCAACCUGUAGCUCCCACAUUUUGGUUGUGUUGCUCUUGUAUGGCUCUGUGAUCCGCAUGUACCUCCGGCCGUCCUCCAGCUAUGACUUGGAUCAGGAUCGUCAGGUUGCCAUCUUCUACACAGUGGUCACCCCUAUGCUAAAUCCACUAAUCUACAGCCUCAGAAACCAGGAAGUUAAAGGAGCUCUGAGAAGACUUUUUAGGAAACUCUGGAUCUCAGGAAACUUCCAGCCUGGUUCCCAGGCAAAUAGAGAAUGGAAACAUGAAUCCUGAGACCAGAGAGUUAUGAUCUAACCUGAACAUGUUUCAGAGAGAUGGGUUGUACCCCUAAUAACCAUAUGAACUACCUUCCUAUGGAAUAAUCUUCACUGUUGACCCCCUUGGUUGGAUUAUGGAAGAAGUGAGUUCAUGAAUAAAUGUUUCUGGUCCCUAUUAACUGAUUUAGAAUAUCAUCGGAUUGGAAAUGAGAAGAUACUUAAAAGUCACUAAACCUAAGGGGAUGGGAAAUACUGGGGAAUGAUAUUAACCAUAUUAUAAUGUUAAAUUUUGUGCACUUAUGAAAUGUAACAACAAAUCCUACAGUAUGGACAACUGUAAUACAUCAAUAAAAAUGUGGAAAAAUGCACUAAAUAUUCUCUAAGCCUGAAUGUCUCAUAUUUCAGGAAUAAUAUGUAACACAGAGAACUACUAAGCAAAUGAAAACAAUCACAUGGCUUGCAGAACUUUGAUCAUUUUAGUGAUGGUUUGUCAUGCAC